GUCUAAGUGUUGCUUUUCUUUGGGGGGCUGAGGGUUAGAGUCUCUGAACUUUGGUUUUGGCUCUUAGGGAGAGAACAAAAUAACAAAACCACAGAUGAAGCGAGAAAAGAUAACCCAGGUAAAUUCACACCAUAUUCACAGCUGGCACUGGAGGACAUUUUCUGGCAGCAGAUUGCAGUAAACACCAUAUUCUAGUUUCAGUGACUGCCAAAGAUCAUUAGAGAUUGGCUGCCUGCAAUUCCUUAAUUUUCUUGCUUCCUGAGUAAUUGAUUCCUGUGUAAGUCUAUGCUCACAGCAUGAGCAGAGACUAAGACUGAGCACAAACCAACCAAAAGUACAGUAUGAGUGAACCUCACACCUAUGUUAUUGUUUUCAGGCCAUGAAGCUGAUCAAAAUUGGUUGAUAUUGACAGUGCUAUGAUAAAGAUACAUAAUUGGGCACAGCAGUGGCUGAACACAAAUAAUGUCCCGUUCAAAUAUAGACUGCAAGGUUUAUGUUGGUGACCUAGGUAGCAAUGCUUCCCAAACAGAGCUGGAGGAUGCCUUCUCUUACUACGGGCCGCUGAACAGCGUGUGGGUGGCGCGGAACCCUCCCGGCUUCGCGUUCGUCGAGUUUGAGGACCCCAGAGACGCCCGUGAUGCCGUGCGGGGCCUGGAUGGAAGGACCGUCUGCAACCGGCGCAUCUCAGUCGAGAUGUCUACAGGCCGCUCCCGCAACCGGGGCGGCGGCACCAUCGGUGGCCGCUUUGCUGGCAACACUAACCGCUUUAGCGGCGGCGGCUACAACCCUAACGACCGGUGCUACGAGUGCGGCGAGCGCGGUCACUACGCUUACGACUGCCCGAGCAAGCGGCGCAUCGGCAGCGGCAGUCGCAGGUCUCGCUCCAGGUCGCGCAGCCGGGACCGCGACCGCCGCUCGCGCUCCCGUGACAGGAAGUCGCGCACGCGCUCGUUCACGCGCAGUCGCUCCCGCGAUCGGGCCAGGUCUCGCUCGCGGUCGCCGCGAGCGAACGGCGACUCGCGCCGCGACUGAUGUGGCGGCGGUGCCGCACGCGCCGGCCUCGCCCUCACCCGCGGCCGGCGGCUCACCAACCCCCGGCGGUCCGCCUUCAUCGCUCGCCAUCGGGCGUCGCCAGCGCCCCUGGCGGCCACCAGGCGCACUACUCCCGGCUCCGACGCGUCCUCUCGCGGCCGGCGUUUUAUGUUCGCCAUGUUGACGCCGGCGUCGUCCUUACCUGGCGACAGGCAGCAGCCCCGCGGAGCGAGCGUCGUGCGAGUUGCACGGCGCGCGCCGGCCGGCCGUCCCGCGCGUGCGCCCUUCUUCGGUGUCAAUACAUGGCUGACGAGGA